GGCGUCUCUUUCUGCCUCGUCUUUGCUAGGCACCUCGUAUGGUGGGCGCAGCGAUUGUACAAGCGGUAGUAAGAUUCUUUGAAUAUAUAUACCUCUAUAAAGAGGCAGUGAUGUUUCAGAUUGAGCAAGUGACAAAGCUAUGUUCCAAGACAGCUUUGAGCGAGCCGUGGGAUCCUUAUGAUAUUCCUGCUAACUCAACCUAUGAAGAUCAAUACUACAUUGGAGGACCUGGUGAUCAGAUUAUAGUACAAGAAUGGUCUGACAGGAAGCGAGCUAGAAAACUUGAAACCUGGGUGGGCGUUUACACAGUCAAGGACUGUUACCCAGUUCAGGAAACCUACAGCAAGAACUACAGUGUGACAACCUCCACCCGUUUCUUUGAUCUAAAACUUGGGAUAAGUGACCCAUCUGUGUUCAUCCCUCCCAGUACCUGCCAGGCAGCUCAGCCAAAAAAGAUGAGAGAUGCAUGCUGAUGGUGGCUCUUGGCUUCUCUCUGGAAAAUAUAAUGCAGAUUGUCAUAAAUAAUCAAUUGCUGUUCUCUAACUGGAUAGUUGCACUUUGCAGAACAGUGAGUUCAAUUAAUUGGACACUUAAUGUACCUGAAAAAACAAAGAAAACCCAUUGUGUUUCAUUUAACAUUGUCCCCUUAUUCUGCAGUUGUCAGAGAAGCCAUUGUUCUAGCUAGUAAAUUUUUGGGAAUAAAAUGUUACUGAUAUUUUCCAAGAGUGAAUUGUGCUAAUGAGAACAUAUUAAAAUACAAUGAAUGUUUACCAGUUAUCGAGGGAUGAAUAAAUAAUAUUACAUGCUGGAGGUAAAGUGUUACUAUAAAUUAGCACAUUAACUGAUUACAUUAUAUUGUUUUCUUUGCUCUUCUGAAAGCUAUUAUAGUUAAUCUGCCUUUUUUGUAAAAAUCUAGGAUAGCUUUGUUUACAUAAUACUAAUUGAUUGAUGUACUAUAAAAAUAUAAAAUUAUAUCUGUG